CCCUGUGUUGCCUUUGUUUUGAUUUGGUCCUUGUGUUUGUGUGUGCAUAUUUAGAAGUUAAGUCUGAGAUUUCUCUCUGUAGAUGAUCCUCGAAUCUUCAAAUCUGUUGUUGCAGGAAGAUGUAACAUCUUGUAUCUCUGCCACAAGAUACUGUUAGCUACUGUUCAUUAAACUCUGAAUGUAUUCCAGAUGUUUAUCCCUGAAACCCUUACAAAGAGUCUCAUGUUUUAGAUUUUAUCACCUUGGUAAUAGACAAAGAUGAGUUUUUAAGUGGCAGUUUAAUGAUCACCCCUGUUAUUGGUAAGAGACAGCCCAGAUUCGAACCCCUCCGGCUCUCCAGAACAUAGGUGUAAAGGGGGUGUUCUCUAGGGUGUGUGGCCAGGGACAGCCCUGAACAGAAGGGCUGAGCAUGUGUGUGUGUGUUUGGUGGGGUGGGGAUGCGGGCGGGGGUCCCAGCUGUCUUCCCCUCUUGGACACGGUGACAUAAAUACAGAAAUGAAGGGAGGGGUAGAAGCCAUGUAAAAAGUAAAAACAAGUGAGGGUGAAGGAUAUAUGAUACAAAGCCUAAGAAACACCCACCUCCUCUCCAAUCAGUUGGGACAAAGCCCCAAACCUUGACCUUGACUCAGCCCAGCCCCUACCAAACUCUUCAUCCUUCACCCACUGCUUCCGCCAAUCCCUGCUCUCCCCACCAGACCCGACUGCUCCUCAAACACACUGAGCUUGCUCAGACCUCCGGGCCUUUGCACACACCGUUUCAAACCGUCUGUUCCCCUCCCGCCGCCCCCUUUAUUUUUCUGUCUUACUGAGUUCCAAGAGGUCUUUGUGGAUACUGGAUACAAGUUCUUAAAUAUUUUCUCCUCGCGUGCCAAUUAUGACUACUGUUGUCACUAUUCAUUAUUCUUAUUACUAUUAUCAUUGAAGGGUAUGGGCUCAACUCUAUAAGGGCCAGCGCCACCGUGCUUUCAAGGAGCUUCUGGUUUUGGAGCGCAGAUAACUGAUUCAAGGUGGUAAUUACAUCAGCUUUUUUCAGUAAGGGCAGUAGGUCGUAAUCAAAUGACAGCAAAAGUCAGAAUUUUUUAUUGGCAAGAUUUCUUUGGGCUAAGCAGAUGAGAAAUGAACUGAAACACGAAUGAACACACGGUCCAAGGUAUUCCGCCACUCAACUUGUGCCCUGGUGCCGCCUCACACAUGCGCACACGCGAGCACAGAAACCACCGGCUCCUCCCGGCUGUGCGGGCUGCGCGCGCAGCGCCUGGACAGCCCAACCGACACUUUUAACGGCCGCCCCCGCCCCGCUGCGCGCGCAAGUUCGCGAAAAGAGGCGGGGCCGAAGGUUCGCGCCGCUACAUAGGCGUGGGGGCGGAGCGUUCCGGGGGCGGGGCCAGCGUGUGCGCAGAGGGCACGAACGAGAAGGCGGGAAAAGACGGAAUGGAGCGACAGGGAGUGGACAUGCCCCACGUAGAGUUCAAGGACCAGGAGCCACAGCUGCUGGGGGAGAACCAGGAACAGCAGCAGGGUGAGGAGAGCCGCGAUGAGGAGGCUUGUCAAGGGCCAGCUAGAAGUCAGGUUUCUAGCCCCUCUGUCGCCACCUCCAGUGCCAACCGCCAGCUGAUGAUGCUGGAAGGAAAGUCAGGACCCUACUUUUCCUCUCUGGACUCGAGCAUUGACAUCCUGAAGAAGAGAGCCCAGGAGCUGAUCGAAAACAUCAACGAGAGCAGGCAGAAGGACCAUGCCCUCAUGACCAACUUCAGAGACAGCCUCAAGAUCAAGGUUUCAGACCUGACAGAGAAGCUUGAGGAGAGGAUGUAUCAGAUUUAUAAUCACCACAAUAAGAUCAUCCAGGAAAAGCUCCAAGAGUUCACCCAAAAGAUGGCAAAGAUCAGUCACCUGGAAACAGAGCUCAAACAAGUGUGCCACACUGUGGAGACCGUGUACAAAGACCUGUGUGUCCAGCCUGAGGCUACUACUCUGGAAGAAGAACAGAUUCACAAAGAUGGUGAAUGCUGACAGCUACCAGGAGAGCCCCUCUUAGUGACCACCACUAAGGAAGGCCACCGUUUGGGCCAUGCUGAGAAAAUUGUUUUUCAGAGUUCUGCAAUGCUUCUUUGGCAAAAAUAAGCAAAUAAAACCCAACCGAUGCUCUCUGUGCCAGGCCCCAAACCACAGCAAGUCCAGCCCCCACCACGGGGCCCAGCUUUGGUACUCUCCCAGAUUCAACCCACCCCAACCCCACACAGUUGAUUAAAUGUUUGAUUUUCAA